AUGGCGGGCUUUGGCUAUCCCACCUCCACACAUCCCCAGCUGUUUGGCAAUUCCAAUCGUAGACAGGGACCAGCUGACAGUCGUUUCAAGAACAUGGCAUCCAUGGACUCGAAGAAUGUCGGCAGCUACGCUCGCCAGAACAACGGCUACAACACGGCCAACAACGGCGCCAUGUACGCCGCUCAGCAGCAGCAGUACGUCUCUCGCGGMCAGCAGGGACAAGGUUACGGCAUGCAGCACUCCUCCGCCUCCGAUCCGAUGGCGGCUCUCGCUCAUGGUUUCCAAGGCAUGAACAUGACCAACCAGUCGUUUGCCGCUCAGGCCAAGAACGCCAUGAUGUCGACCGCGGCCAACAACUACGGCGGACUCUCCGUGGCCACCUCCAUGCCGGGCUCAAUGUACGGUGGUGGUGCCCAGUACGUCUUCCCGGGCAACUACGGUGCAGGUGCGGCCACACAGUCCCCCGGCAUGUACACCCCACACGGCUCUCAGUACAUGCAGCAGAUGGGCUACGCCGGCUACCAGCAGCAUGACAAUUCGCCAAUGUCUCAAGCUUGGACGCCCACCACCGCGGGUGCCAACGGCGAGGUUCCCACCCUCAUCACGCCUCGCCGUGAUUCCAACUCAUCCAACGAGAAUGACCAGCCGACGACACCAUCCUAUGCGGGUUACCCUGGCUAUCCACACGGCGGCGUUACCAUCAACCGGUCUCCCAGCGGUGUCUUCACCCACAGCACUCCAUCGCCGACUUCUAUGAUGGGUCCAUACGGCAUGCCUGUCGCCAAGCAGCCCGAGCAGAGUGAUGUGUCGCCACGCAUCAAGCUUCUCAUCAACCGCGAGCCAACCAUCCCGCGAGCCAUUCCUGCCCCGUCGUCACCUCUCAAGCCGCUUGAUCGUGCUUUGGAGAACCAGCGCGGUGAGACCAACGUCUACAUUCGCGGCCUGCUGCCAGAGACCACCGACGAACUUCUUGAGAUUUGGGGAUCUCGCUUCGGCGACAUCAAGAGCUCCAAGUCGAUCAUUGACCUCAACACUGGCUUGUGCAAGGGAUUCGGCUUCGUCAAGUACCACAACUACGAGGACGCUGAGAACUGCAUCCGUGGCUUCCACUACCUCGGAUAUGAAGUCAGCUUCGCCCGCGAGUCCUUCUACUCCAAGCUCAAGACAUUCGCCGACGAGGGUAACACCAACCUCUACGUGUCCAACCUUCCCAAGUCGAUGAACGAGCACGAGCUCGCCAACUUGUUCGCCCCACACAAGGUCUGCUCUUCUCGCAUCCUCCGCGAUAAGAACGGUCACGGUCGUGGCGUCGGCUUCGCUCGCUUUGAGAGUCGCGAGUCUUGCGACGAGGUCAUCAAGACCUUCAACAACCACACCAUCCAGAACGCUGGCGAGGAGCUCCAGAUCCAGAUCCGCUUCGCCGACACUCAGGAGCAGAAGUCACUCAAGCAACAGACCCAGGCUGCCCGUCAGUUCCGCUCGGCUGAGUACGAGUACGCUACUCAGGCGUGGCGCCAGGGCCGCGAUCCCUCCACCGGCAGCUACGACAGCCGGGCUCCCAACGAGUUUGACCAGUAUCUCGGCACGGCCGCCUCAGUCCCCAUCCAGGGCCAGCGUUGGGCCCAGUCUGCCAUCCGCCAGGUUCCCGGUCGGAGCCCACUCGGUGCGGUGCAGAGCGUUCCAUACACUGGUGCCGCCCAGCCUCCGCUCGUUCAGGUCAAUGUUGCCGCCAACGCCGAGGACCAGGCCACACCGGCUGACAACAUCGCCGACUCCAAGUCCGUUGCCACUUCGCCAGCUACCGCUCAUGCUUCCACUCCCAUCACCUCCGAGCCGGAGUAA